ACACCAGCAGGAUCCAGCCCCUUCCUUCCGUCCCGCGUGGCCAGAACUUGAAAGAAAAGUGGACGUAGGAGGGAGUGAUGAUGCAAAAGUUACCCAAAAAUUGGGGCGGGGAAAGGAGGCUACAGUUAGGAAGGCGAACAAGCUGCAAAAGGAACAGCGGAAAGUUGGGAGGUCGGGAGGGUGCCCUGUUCCGGGGGAAGGAGCAAGUACCACAGCAGCAAGACUUUUUCCCUUCUCUGAUUCAGGAAAGUGCUAGACAAAAACAUGGAAUUCAUUUCCCCAACAGUGGUUAUAAUCUUAGGUUGUGUUGCUCUUUUACUAUUUCUUCAGUGGAAGAACUUGCGUGGACCCCCGUGCAUAGGGGGCUGGAUUCCUUGGAUUGGAGCUGGAUUUGAGUUUGGAAAAACCCCUCUAGAAUUUAUAGAGAAAGCAAGAAUCAAGUAUGGACCGAUAUUUACAAUCGUUGCUCUGGGCACCCGAAUGACCUUUGUUACUGAAGAAGAGGGAAUUAAUGUGUUUCUAAAAUCCAAAGAAGUAAAUUUUGAACUAGCAGUGCAAACUCCCGUCUAUCGUACAGCAUCAAUCCCAAAGAAUAUCUUUUUAAAACUGCAUGAGAAACUUUAUAUCAUGGUGAAAGGGAAAAUGGGGACUUUCAACCUAUAUCGAUUCACUGGACAAUUGACUGAAGAAUUACACGAACAGCUGGAGAAUUUAGGCCCUCAUGGGACCAUGGACCUGAACAACUUAGUGAGGCAUCUCCUUUACCCGGUCACAGUGAACGUGCUGUUUAAAAAAGGUCUGUUUCCCACAAAUGAGAGGAAAAUCAGGGAGUUCCAUCAGCACUUUCAAGCUUAUGAUGAAGGUUUCGAAUAUGGGUCCCAGUUGCCAGAAUGUCUCCUCAGGAACUGGUCAAAAUCCAAAAACUGGCUUCUAGCACUUUUUGAGAAAAACAUUCCAGAUAUAAAAACAUGCAAGUCUGCAAAAGAUAAUUCCCCGACAGUAAUGCAGGCUCUGCUGGAUCUCCUAGAGAUGGAAACAAAUGAACAAAAGAGUCCCAAUUAUGGGCUCUUACUACUUUGGGCUUCUCUGUCCAAUGCUGUCCCUGUUGCAUUUUGGACAUUUGCAUUUGUCCUCUCUCAUCCCAAUAUCCACAGGACCAUUAUGGAAGGCAUAUCAUCUGUGUUUGGCACAGCAGGUAAAGAUAAGAUUAAAGUGUCUGAGGAUGACUUGAAGAAACUCCCUCUAAUUAAAUGGUGUAUUUUGGAAACCAUUCGUUUAAGAGCCCCUGGUGUCAUUACUAGAAAAGUGCUGAAGCCAGUUAAAAUUUUGAAUUAUACCGUUCCUUCUGGUGACUUGUUGAUGUUGUCUCCAUUUUGGCUACAUAGAAAUCCAAAGUAUUUUCCUGAACCUGACCUGUUCAAGCCUGAACGUUGGAAAAAGGCAAAUUUAGAGAAGCAUGCUUUCUUGGACUGCUUCAUGGCAUUUGGGAGUGGGAAGUACCAGUGUCCUGGAAGGUGGCUGGCUCUGUUGGAGAUUCAAAUAUUUAUUAUUUUAAUAUUGUAUUAUUAUGACUGUAGUCUUCUAGACCCAUUGCCAAGACAGAGUUCUCUCCAUUUGGUGGGUGUCCAGCAGCCGGAAGGACAAUGCCGAAUUCAAUUUAAACAAAGAAAAUGACGUCUGCUGGGCCUAAGGAGGGCCAGGGCCUUCUGGAGGAGUGACUGCCCCCCAUCCUCUAGCCUGGCAGCACCUAGACCUGAGUUUGACUAAAAUGUAUCACUUAAUUUUGUUUAAGGAUUUAGUUCAAGACAAUGUCCAGAUGGGAUGUGUGUUUGGUAUCUCAAGAGUAGACCAAGAAUCUGACAUCACUCUAUAUCUAUUGAUAUAGAGACUCCAAUACAGGGUUUAUAGAAAAUGUUUCCAUGAUCCAAAAAGAGGCAUUUCUUAAGAAGUUGGAAUUUGGUUUCAUGAAUCACUGUAUCAAAACUUUAAAUAGAAAUAAUGUCACUUGAAUGAAAAUUUUACUAUAUUAAA